AUGGCUCAACUUCUGCGUCACGCUCUCUCUGUUCUUCAGUACGUCAAAGCUCGUAGUACCCAUCAUCGACAUCUACUGACAGUUAUCUCAGACCAGUACAUCAACGCUAUCGCCCUCAAGGCACUCAAGUGGAAGUACUACAUCUGCUACUGCGUCUUCCUCGCCUUUGAGGUUGCUGUCAUCUAUCUAUUCCUCGUCGAGACUCGCUAUACACCGCUCGAAGAAAUUGCAAAGUUCUUUGAUGGUGAAGACAGAACCCUCGAUGUCGCUGCUGUCGCCAACGAACAGGUUAAGCAUGAUGAGGAUGGUGACGUGAAGGAAAAGGGUUUGACUGUGCAGCAAGUCGAGAUUAUUGAGAAGGUCUGA